UCUCCUCCCCCCCCCGCGCUGCCGGGUGUCUCUUUCGCAGGUGGCACCAUGGGGACAGGCUGUGCCGCUCCGUCCGGGACCCAUCCUGCCAGCCCCAUGCACCCAGGCCAGACGGCCCCGGCAUCGCGCUGCUAAGAGGGAGGGGGUGCCCGAGCCCGGGCAUGUGCUGCUGGACUAUGCCAUGUGUCCCCCGGGCCGCCGGGCAGCCUCAGCCCUGUGAGGACACGGCCAGCCCCGAGCCGGACGCCAGGACGCCAGGCUGCCCAGUGCCACCAUGGCCCAGGGCUGGGACAUGGGCUGUCGGGGAUGACGUCAGGCAGCCGGUCAUGGAGCUCCAGCAGCGAGGUCAGUCUGGCCCCUCGCUACCUCCUCAGCAAGCAGAGCCGUCUGCUCAAUGGGACCACACGGACCGGCCGCACCAACUCCCCCAUGGGGCGCGUCAUCCUUAUCAACACCCCUAUCGAAGCCAGCAGCAAUGAGAGCGACAUCAUCAAUGCCAUUACGGUGGAGAAGAGUGCGGAUGGCAAGCUGGGCUUCAGCGUCCGUGGAGGCUCUGAGCAUGGGCUGGGAAUCUUUGUCAGCAAAGUGGAGGAGGGCAGUGCUGCAGAGCAGGCCGGGCUCUGUGUUGGUGACAAGAUCACAGAGGUGAACAGCGUGAGCCUGGAGAACAUCACCAUGAGCAGCGCUGUCAAGGUCCUCACUGGCAACAACCGCCUCCGCAUGGUGGUCCGGCGGAUGGGCCGUGUGCCAGGCAUCAAAUUCUCCAAGGAGAAGACAGCAUGGGUGGAUGUGGUGAACAGGCGCCUGGUGGUGGAGAAAAGUGGUUCAACGACAUCGGAGAGCGGCUCUGAAGAUGGGCUGCGACGUAUUGUCCACCUGUACACCACCUCGGAUGACUACUGCCUGGGCUUCAACAUCCGUGGUGGCAGGGAGUUUGGCCUCGGCAUCUACGUCUCCAAGGUGGACCCAGGAGGGCUGGCAGAGCAGAAUGGCAUUCGGGUGGGAGACCAAGUCCUUGCAGCCAACGGAGUCAAGUUUGAAGACAUAAGCCAUAGCAAGGCAGUGGAGGUGCUCAAGGGGCAGACCCACAUCAUGCUAACCAUAAAGGAGACGGGUCGGUUCCCUGCCUACAAGGAGAUGGUGGCCGAGUACUGCUGGCUCAGUCGCUUGACCAAUGGGCAGCUGCAGCAGCUGUCUCAAGCCUCGGAGACCAGCUCCUCCAUUUCCUCCUACUCCUCGGGGCCACCACCGGGGGCAGUGAAUGGGCUGGGGACAGCCACCUCAGCACCCCCCACCCGCACUGUGGAUGUGGCCAUCUCCACAGAGGAUGGUCCCCGGCGGGGCUGGGUGCGGGAACGUGCUGAGCGGGCCAUGCAGACUGAGCCGGCUGCCGAGGGGCUGCCAGAGACACGGAGGACAGUGCGGCCCCCCGAGCUGCUGAAGGACACGGCCAUCCGGGGCCAGGGUGCCCGCGAGCUCCAUGGCACCUACCCACGUCGGACCUUCACCCACUCACCCAAGACGGCGCUGCUGCUGGCCCUGAGCCGGCCCCGGCAGCCCAUCACGCGCUCCCAGAGCGACCUCACCGUCGCUGAGGAGAAACGGAAGAAGGAGAGGCCAGAGGGACAAGGGGCACAGGGGGCUCCCCCAGGGCUGCACCGCUCCAAGACGCUCGUCAACCUCUUCUUCAAGGGGGGCCGUGCUGCCAGCCAGAGCUGGGCCCUCCCCAGCCAGGAGCCCCCCACCUCUGAGCGCUGGGCACGCGCCAAGUUCCCGGGGCGUCCCGAUGGGGACAGAGUAGGCGCUGUGCAGAAGUUUGUCAUUCGGAGCUUGAAGCGGGACAAAAGCCGGCGUGCCAGUAUCCUGGGACCUGGGGGCAUCGCUACCCUGCAGCCCAACGGCAGCGACCCCGAAGCUCGGCUCCUGCUCAUCAAGGACUCCGCAGCUCGCCUCCUCAGCCCCGACGAGGUGACGGCCGUGAUCCGCCACUGCUCCCGGUACCUGCAUGAGGGCAGCGUGGAGGAUUUGGUGCGGCCACUGCUGGCCAUCUUGGACCGGCCUGAGAAGGUCCUGCUGCUGCGGGAUGUGAGGAGCGUGGUGGCCACCACGGACCUGGGCCGUUUUGACAGCAUGGUGAUGCCCCUGGAGCUGGAAGCCUUUGAUGCCCUGAAGAGCCGCUCAGUGCGCUCACCUGCUCUCCGCCCAGCCCACCAUGAUGUCCCCCCCAAGAGACACCUCAUCACACCAGUGCCUGACUAUCGGGGUGGGUUCCUGCUGAAGCCGGCAGGGGCCCCAGAGCCAGAGGAAGCCGGGGGGCCACAGGCAAGCCCAGCCCGGCCAUGGGCCUCCCCCAGCCCCCGCCGGCUUCACCCCCGCACCUACACCCCACUCCCCGACGUGCCAGUGGAUGCCUAUGCCUGCACCAGCAGACCCCUGCCUGCCACCGGCCCCCGGCCCCCCAACUGGCUGCUAACUGAGCCCCCCCUGGGUGAAGGGCACAGGCAGCCACGCAGCCCCUGGCCCACCCAACAGAAGGAGUCCCCUGGGACAGUGCCCGAUGGAGGGGACUCAGUGCUGGGGAAGCCCCAGUGGGCACGGCCCCCCCUUGCACCUCUCUUUAGAGGGACAGGGGGUGAGGCAGGGGCUGGGGUGCCCACCAAUGGUCCUAGGGAUGCUGGCAGGGAAGAAGAAGAGGAGGAGGACUAUCGUCUGCUCACUGUCACCCUCUCCAAGCUGAAGCACUCACUGGGGAUCAGCAUCUCCGGUGGCAUUGAGUCAAGGGCACAGCCAGUGGUGAAGAUUGAGAAGAUCUUCCCUGGGGGAGCUGCCUUCCUCAGCGGCAUCCUUAAGGCUGGGCAGGAGUUGGUGUCCGUGGAUGGAGAGAGCCUGCAGAAUGUCACCCACCAGCGGGCUGUGGACAUCAUCCGCCAGGCCUACCGCAACAAAGCCAGGGAGCCCAUGGAGCUGGUGGUGCGAGUGCCUGCAACCUCCCCGGAGUGAUGAUGCAGCCCCUCUCCUUGAGGAGCCAUCCUGUGCUCCAGCGGAGCUAGAUGGCUCAUUGCUGCACCAAGCUGUGGCCAGUCUCAGCACAGCCAGAGUUUGCAGAGCCAGCCUUGUCCCAUGGGCACAGAGGAGCUGCAUGCAGUGAGACCCGAGGAGGAGGCACCAUUGGCAACACAGGAGGACAGGAGGCCUCUGACCCCACUCUGGACACACAGACGCAGCCUUGAAAAAACACAGCCAGGGGCUUGUUUUUAAUCAAUGUUUUCAGGUGGUACAUGGGUGAGCCAACAGGACACCACCAAAAUAAAGUUCAAACAUUCCCCCACAAAGCUGGGGGCGAC